AUGCCUUCUCAGCCCAGAGCACCGCGCCCUCGGCUCGCCGACGUCGUCCGAAGCAAGGCCUUCCGUCGAGCAGCCAAGAUAUUCGUCCGAAUCCUGACGAUCAUUUUGACAGUCUGUAUUAUCCUUCAGAUCCUACUCGGCUAUGUUAUUGCCAAGGAUCCAAGGCUGUUUCCAGCUGCGCUUCAGAGGUCGAAGAAUCUUCUGAUAGUCACGGCUCAUCCUGAUGACGAGACUUUAUUCUUUGCGCCCAGCAUUCUUAGAGUACUAGAUAAUCGGAAAACUACUGGAGGUCUCUUGGUUCUGUCAAAUGGCAACAAUUAUGGGCUUGGAGAUGUCAGAAAAGUGGAGUUGAAAGGCGCAUGCGGGAUUUUAAGUAUAGAUGACGACAGGUGUGAGGCUUUAAAUCGACCCGAACUUCAAGACAACCCAAAGAAGUGGUGGGAUGAGCAUGAGAUCAUUGCAGCCGUGAAGGAGUACGUGGAGAAAUGGGAGGUAGAUGCUAUAAUCACGUUUGACCACGGUGGGAUCUCAGGUCAUAUCAACCACAGAGCUGUUAGUCGUGCAGUCAAAAAAUACGCAUCAACAGAUGCAAAGGCUCCUGUGACAUAUCUCUUGUCCUCGGUCACAUUCUUACGGAAAUACACAUUUCUGUUUGAUCUUCCUUUGACUUCCUUACCCUUCACCUGGAGGAUCAUUGGUGCUCUCCUUUCUCCUAUCAAAGAUACCGAACAGGAUUUUGGAGGCAAAGCAUUGAUCGCCAAUACCUGGCCCUCGUAUCUGAAGACGAGAGAAGCUUUUCGAUCUCAUGACAGUCAAUAUUCUUGGGAUCGAAGUCUUUACUUGAUUUUGAGUCGUCAAGUCUGGUUCAAUGAUUUAGUUCGAGUUGAGCGACAACCUCAAUGA